UUCAUGCUUGGCUUCAAAGUGUUCUGGGGUGAGGGCAGGGCAGCUGGGGUCUCACUGGCAGCGCAAAAGCUCUUCGGAGGCCACAGGCCCCUGCGUGGACCCGAUGGGGCGGCCAGUGGCCAGGCUGGUCCCCCUCCUCCUCUUCUUGCUCCCCUGGCCAUGUGCUGAAGCCUGCAAUACCAGCAGGUGCAGUUUUCAGGACCCGCCGUAUCAGAACGCAGACUCAGGAUUUCCUCCAGGCACAGCCGCAGGCCCCAGAGCCCUGAGCUGCUACCGGAUGUUUGGCGCCUGUUACGAAUGCUCCUGGGAGUAUGAGGGUCCCGCGGCUGGAGUCAAGCACUUCCUGAGGGGCUGCCUCAGGCCCGGCCACUGCUGCUACUUCCCUGCGGUCUCGGGCACCAAGCUGCAGUUCUCCGAACAGGACGGGGUACCUGUGCUCGACAACGUCACUCUCUGGGUGGAGUCCCGGGCCGCCAACCGGACAGAGAAGUCGCCCGAGGUCACCUUGAUCCUAUACCGCUCUGUUAAAUAUGACCCGCCGCCAGAAGACAUCCAAGUGUCACGCGUAGCAGGGCAGCUGCACUUGCAGUGGGAGACCCCCGCCCGCCAGGAUGGCGCUGAGGUGCAGUUCCGGCGCCGGACGCCCGGCAGUCCGUGGAAGUUGGGCGACUGUGGACAUCAGGAUGAUGCUGGCUUUGAGUCCUGCCUCGGCCCGCUGGAGAGGGACGAGGCGCAGGAAUUCCAGCUGAGGCGCCGGCAGCUGGGGCCCGGCGCCCUGCAAGGCCCCUGGAGCGGCUGGAGCAGCCCCGUGUGUGUCCCCCCUGAACCGCCCCCACAGCCCGAGGUGUGGCUCUCGGUGAAGCCGCUGGGCCGGGACGGGAGGAGGCCAGUGACCCUGCGCAGGCAGCCGUCCCAGCUCCAGCUCCCCGACGGCUGCCGUGGGCCCGACUCGGGCGCCGAGGUGACCUACGACCUCCACCUGCACAUGCUGUCCUGCCCGUGCAAGCCCCAGGCAACCAAGACCCUGCGCCUGAAAAGAACCCUCAGCCUCUCGGGUGCUGCCUACAACCUGUCCGUCGUCUCCCGGAAUCGCUUUGGCCCCGGCCCCAACCAGUCGUGGCACGUUCCUGCCCACACACACCCAGAACCGGGACCUCUGAAUAUCAGUGCCGGAGCCCAUGGGACCACUGUGAGUUGGCCGGCAAGGGCCCCCGGCCUCACAUACUGCAUUGAGUGGCAGCCCCAGGGCCAGGACGAGAGCCCUGCCAACUGCAACCUGACUGUGCCCCAGGACCCGGAUUCUUCUGGAACAGCCACCCUCCGCUGGAGCCAAGCUGCCGGGGCGCUGGGGCAGAGGGCGUGCUACCGCGUCACCGUCUCUUCCUCGGCGCAGCCCAGGAACCCCACCUCGUGGUCCACCGUCUCGUCCGCCUACCACUUCGGGGGCAAUGCCUCCGAGGCUGGGAGCCCACAGCACGUUUCGGUGAAGGUGCUCAGCCCGGACUCAGUGUCUGUGGACUGGACGCCGUCCCUGCUGAGCCCCUGCCCUGGCGUCCUGAAGACGUACGUGGUCCACUACCGGGACGAGGACAGCAACCAGGUGACCGAACUGCCCGUGAACCGCACAGAGACCCAGGUCACCCUCGUUGGCCUGCGGGCUGGCACAGCCUACAGCGUGCAGGUGCGAGCAGACACUGCGACACUGAGGGGCGCCUGGAGCCAGCCCCAGCGCUUCCGCAUAGACGUCCAGCUUCCAGAGCUGUCCGGUUUGUCCAUCUUCCUCGCCUCCCUGGGGAGCUUCCUGAGCAUCCUCCUCCUGGGCGUCCUCGGGUACUUCAGCCUGAACAGGGCCUUGCCACACCUGUGCCCGCCCCUGCCCACACCCUGCGCCAGCACCGCUGUCGAGUUUCCUGGCAGCCAGGGGAAGCUGGCGUGGCAGUGGACCAGCCCGGCAGACUUCCAGAAGGAGGAGGAAGAGUUACUGAAAGAGGCCCUGGUGGUGACCAUGCCGUGCGGAAAAGGCGAGGUGGCUGACCUGCACGCACCCAGCCCGCUCCGGGGCCAGACAGAGCUGCCCUGGGGCACCCUUGAGCCAGCCCUAGACGCAGAGCUGUGCUUGGAGGACAGGAGACAGGGGCAAGGACACCCUGAGACCAGGGUUCUGGAGCCCAGUGGGCUGGGCAGUCUGGAGGGCAGCUCUGCCCGGGCGGCUGGACCGUCCCUGCUCCUGGGAGAUCACAUGCAGAGUCCCAGGUCUGACGGUCCUCGACAUACGGGCCUGGAGGCCUGAAGGGGAAAGGGGAAUGUCCACCUCAUCUUAUGGACAGGACAGAAAGACUGACGAUUAAAGUCACAGCAGCUGGUUGUUAAAUGCUUAUUGCA